GGAUUCUCGUGUGUACGAGCCGUUGCUGUCUCAGGAGUGGACGGACGAGAGCGGCCUGCUGCUCGACCUGUCCGUGUAUGAGAUGGAGGACCCACUCGAGCUGGGCGACGCUUCGGAGGCCAUGCAGGGCGAGGCCAUGGACGAGGAGCACGGCGCCGACGAAGAGGAGGCAUGACGGAUGGAGGCUUGAAUGGAUUGACACGUCGCUGUCAAUGCAUUGAUGCAUUCGACUAUUCAGGGUUGGGUGACCGAUUGUUGGAUGUGUUCAGAAUUCACUCUGGGUUCA